UAACCCGCACCGCCACCGGAAUUAGCCAGCGUGCAAGACGGAUAAAGGACACAGCGUUUGCGUGUUAACAUUAUAAUUUGUUUUCGUUUUUCUUCUCCUGGCACUUUUUUUUGUGCUGCCGCAUCCUCGGUUCGUCUUUUGAUGAUGAGAUUGUCAAUGAGCAGACAGUGCGCGACUGAAGGAGAUGAGAAGAAGACGGAGCAGGCUCCCCCUUUCAGAAACCCGUUUGUGCACGUCUUGAAAUUCUCCCCUUUUGAGAAGGCGAAGAUUGCGCUAAUGACAGUCACACUGUUCCCCAUUCGUCUGUUCAUGGCAGCAUUCAUGAUGUUGCUAGCCUGGCCCUUUGCCUUCCUGGCCUCAGUGGGACGCUCCGAGACUGCCGUGGAACCCCAGUGCCUCUGGAGGAGACUGGUGGAUGUGGUUCUUAGGACCAUCAUGCGGGUCAUGUGGUUCGCUGGGGGCUUCCAUUGGAUGACGGUAAAAGGUCGAAGGGCGUUGCCUGCAGAAGCACCUAUCCUGACCUUGGCACCCCACUCCUCUUACUUUGAUGCCAUUCCAGUCACCAUGACAAUGGCCUCUAUUGUCAUGAAGGCUGAGAGCAAAGACAUACCACUCUGGGGUACACUGAUCAAGUACAUAAGGCCAGUGUUUGUGUCACGGUCCGACCAAGACUCCAGGAAGAAAACUGUGGAAGAGAUCAAACGCAGAGCCCAUUCUGGUGGGGAAUGGCCUCAGAUAAUGAUAUUCCCAGAGGGAACAUGCACCAACAGGUCCUGCCUCAUUACUUUCAAACCAGGGGCAUUUAUUCCUGCUGUACCAGUGCAACCAGUGGUUAUUCGCUACCCAAAUAAAAUGGACACAAUAACGUGGACAUGGCAGGGCCCUGGAGCGUUUGAAAUCCUCUGGCUGACGCUGUGUCAGCUCCACAAUGAGUUUGAGAUAGAGUAUCUUCCCAUCUACACGCCCUCAGAGGAGGAGAAAAAUAACCCAGCUCUUUUUGCCAUCAAUGUCAGAUGCCUAAUGGCCAAAGCCCUGGGGGUACCUAUCACAGACUAUUCAUUUGAAGACUGCCAGCUGGCCAUGGCAGAGGGCCAGCUCAGACUGCCAGUCGACACCUGUCUGCUGGAGUUUGCCAAGCUCGUCAGGAGACUUGGGCUUAAACCCCAGAACACAGAGAGGGUUCUGCAGGAGUAUGGCAGCAGAGCACGCAGGUUGGGCGGAGAGAAGCUGGGCUUGGAGGAGUUUGCUCACUACCUGGAUGUCCCCGUCUCAGACAUGCUGCGAGACAUGUUCGCUCUAUUUGAUGAACAUGAAGAUAACUGCAUGGAUAUCAGAGAAUAUGUGAUCGCAUUAUCUGUCGUUUGCAGACCUGCCAAAACUCUGGAUACGAUGAAAUUGGCCUUUAAGAUGUUUGAGGCCGAGGAGGAUGGUGCCAUCACAGAGACAGAGCUAGCAGUCAUCCUCCAGGCGGCUCUGGGAGUGGCUCACCUGAGUGUGUCACGCCUGUUCACCGCCAUUGACGCGGAAGACACGGGGAAGAUCACAUUUGACAAGUUCAGAAGCUUCGCAGAGCAACACCCGGACUUUGCAGAGGAGUAUCUGUACAUGGACAAUGCAGGCCUCCACAGUUGCCCCCACCACGACCACCAGACCAAGCCCAGCCUCUCCCCCACCGCCACGGAUGGCCCUGCCGCCACCAAAACAGCCAACGGUAUCUGUGCCGACUUCAGCCCCAAAGACCACGCUGGCUCAAUAGAUGGUCUCCUCAAGAAACACAACUGA